UGCCUGAAUUAUAUAAAUAAAUCAUGUUCCAACGAAUCAUUGGCGAACGUGUCCUACUCUGCCUGAUUGUGGACGUGAUCCUGGUUUCUGGAUCGUUUUGGAAUUACCCACAGAAUCAGCAACCAAGGACACCCAGGCAUGCUUCCUGUCCCUCGUGUAGUCGAGAUUGCCCAGACGCUCUGGUAUCUUGGUACAUGCCACCAUCCAGAAGGGAGUACCGCAACACAGAGUCCUUCCAACCAUUCCAACCCUCGUCGUCCUUCGAUCCCGCGCCUUAUGGUUCCUACAACAGGGCCUCUGGAAGCAGAGGAACACCCGAGUAUCCCCGUAGACGCGAAAACCCCUUCAGCUUCCAGAGGGAAUUCGAUUCUGACGUUGCUUCUGCACCGUCCGCCCCUGUUCAGAACUCAGGCGAACCUGUGAAUCCCUACCAACCUCGUCUCCCAUUUUUCAAACACUUGGACAGGUCUCCCUACCGAAAACCCAACUUCUACGACGUGAUCAGACCUCAGUCCAUGGGAAUAAACAACCGAUACUCUGAUUAUUACUCCCCUGACGAUGAACCCUACAUGGAAGACGUUCCCAGGUCGUCCUAUCCUUCUUGGGAUAGGCCUUUGAGACCUCUUGGAGACCCUCAAAAGAAGAUACACGUGGUCUAUAGGGCUGACAGGUACACCGACGACUCCAUGGAGGAAGAGAAUCCCACCACUGGACCAGAACAGUUUCCUAGGUGGCAGAUUCCUCAUAGGAUCUCUGGAAACUCUGCAGCUGGACCAAGAGAGGAGGGGUUUGACGGAUUCCCACAACCCAGAAGAGAUCAACCCAGAGAAUCCAGCUUGGUUUAUCAGCCAGAGAUAAAGUAUAGUCCUUACAACAUACGACCAGACCUGAACCUUUUGAAGAUGAUGCAGAGUGUGGCUAAAAAUGGAGUCGUGAUUGGCAGUGGCGGUGCCUGGCAGGAUCUGGGGGGGCAGGGGUCUGAAAACAGAACGCUUAUGGCUAUCGAGGGUGAAGACAACAAGGACGAGGUUGUUAAAGAGAUGGAGGAUCAGAGAAAGAGUGGUUUGGAUUCUCAGGAAGACCAAAGGCCGGAGUUCAAGGGGAAGAGGGACGCUGAGGGUGGAAGCAUUCGUGGAAAGAAUGCGGACGAAUCUGAGGAGCCAAAGAACACGGCUUGGGCGGAGUCUUCAAUUGAACUUGGGUCGUUGGAAUCUACGGAACCUAGUACCCAACCCCGGUAUAUCGAGGUGGAUGCGAUGACAGUAGGACCUUUGAUGCUACCUUAAAAAGGUGGAAACGAUGAUUUGCUAUCUUACUCUUGGAGACAUCUAGGGAACUAUUAGGAAAAUAAAGAAAAUAAGAAAAGUGGUUACGAGUGUGGAAAAUUUCUCAUCUAUCUCAUUCCAUUUUAUCUCAUCCUGUAGCGUUGCAAUUGUUUAGUUUAAAAUUAAAUAAAUAAAAAUGCUUGAAAGUAUGGAGAAAAUAAAGACCAGAGAGUUCCAGUCUCAGAAACAAGCAUUUCUUUCUUUAUAAAGUUUUUCUUUCUUUUGUUUUCAUUGAGAAGAUUCAGCUUUCGCGAACAUAUUUUUCAUUGAGAUCGAACGGUUAUUGUUACUGUGUUAUUGCGAGUUAAUAAAAUAACGGUAUUUCCUGGCAUAGAGUUGAGACCUGUCAUAAAAUUACUCUAUUCUCCAACUAUCGUACCGAGUACUGAAUUAUAUUGCACUGAAUUAAGCCAGUCGGUAAAAUAACACAAUUUCCG